UUGCUGGCUGCUCCUAGGCUCCCGGCUCGCCGCCAUCUUGUAUUGGGGCUUCAUUGUUCCCGCUGGGCCGGGCGGUUUAGUGUAAUUGCCGCCGGAGAAGGAGGCGGAGUAACCUCUGGUCAGCCGAGAAACCCCACUAUCCCGUAGCCAUAACCGCUUAAACGAUUUGGGAGGUAGUGAAGGGCAGGGAGCUGGACCCGGAGGCGCCGCCGCGACAGCAGCAGCCAUGGAGGACGAGAUGCCCAAGACUCUAUACGUCGGUAACCUUUCCAGAGAUGUGACAGAAGCUCUAAUUCUGCAACUCUUUAGCCAGAUUGGACCUUGUAAAAACUGCAAAAUGAUUAUGGAUACAGCUGGAAAUGAUCCCUAUUGUUUUGUGGAGUUUCAUGAGCAUCGUCAUGCAGCUGCAGCAUUAGCUGCUAUGAAUGGACGGAAGAUAAUGGGUAAGGAAGUCAAAGUGAAUUGGGCAACAACCCCCAGCAGUCAAAAGAAAGAUACAAGCAGUAGUACCGUUGUCAGCACACAGCGUUCACAAGGUAAUUGUAUCUUCUUAAACAUAAAAUGAAAUCUCUUGAAAGGGUAUUCACUAACCACCUGAAGUUUUUUUGUUUGAUAUUUGGGGGAGGGGGGCGGGAGGAGAUAUUAUUUCUAUUUGUCUCUCUAGCAAUACUUUUCUCCCUUCUCAGUGUUGACCAAGUAUAGCUUGUCCACUACUUUGGUGCUAUUUCAAACUUUCUGACCCGUUUGGUAGCAGCUGAUGCCUUAGAACUACUUUCACCAACUAGGGGGCAAAAUACUCUCCUUUCUUGAGGUCACCAUCUGGGCUUCAUACCCAGAUCUUCCAAAUGCUUGAGUUGCUCCUCAAAUUUUGUUUCCCAAAAAGCAAUCCAAAAUGUUGUUUAAGGCCUGUCAAAUAUGGGUAACUUUUCUUUCCAAAUAUGCUUUGUCAAAUUGAUGUAUGUGUCCAUUUUAAAGUUUUGGUCCAACAAUUUUGCAUUUUUAAAGUGUUUCUUUUUUUGAUAAUUGUCUUUUUUAAAAACUUCAGAUAUGGGAUGGUUAUUUCUCUCCAAUGCGUUUUUAAUGGUUCUGAUAUAAAGUGAAGGGAUUACUGUUUUCAUUCUGUUGCCUUCAGUCUUAGUUCACUUGCACAUGGAUUCACAUAAACUGAAUGGUGUAAUGUCUGGGCAACCAAAACUGUUGGCUUUUGAGAAAACUGUCAAAUACUUUAACAUCAAACUGUUGCAAUGCAAGGUAUUUCUUUGAUUGUUCUUCACAAAAUAUGGUUAAACCAAGUAUAUAUCAUGUAGCUAGCUUCAGUAAAUUGUGUUAACUGAGGCAAAUCUAGUCUACAUAAUUCACAGUACCACUAUUUUAUUUUAAUUUGUAAAGCCUUAAUAUAGUGGUAAACUGAAUAAAAGUAAAUAAUUAUUAUUAGAAUGGUAACUAAGUCAUUAAAUUUUUUUGCAGAACUGAAACUUGUAUGUUAUUAGUUUAUUUUCUUAGACCAGUGUAAUAAUUGACUGUAAAUAGAAAUAUAAAUGUCACUUUACAGUUAGAUGUAUCACAGUCAUUUCAGGAGAAUUUUUCCUAUAUUGUUACCUUGAUUCAUUGUUUAAAAUUGAUAGGAUUUGUAUAGAUAUAGGAUAGUGUUUUAUUUAUACUUUAUCAUAAGCCAUAAUCAUUUUAAGAAUACUUUAUUGGAUAGAUUUUAGUGCUUUUUAAAUUCUAAAGUUCUAUUUUUCUUUUCACUUCCCCUUCCUUCCCCUUAUAAGAUCAUUUCCAUGUCUUUGUUGGUGAUCUCAGCCCAGAAAUUACAACUGAAGAUAUAAAAGCUGCUUUUGCACCAUUUGGAAGAAUAUCAGUGUCUCUGAAGAAUGGACAGAAUUGCCCUGGCUAACUACAAGCUACGGUUCACAGUGGAUAAAUAGAUGCCCGAGUGGUAAAAGACAUGGCAACAGGAAAGUCUAAGGGAUAUGGCUUUGUCUCCUUUUUCAACAAAUGGGAUGCUGAAAACGCCAUUCAACAGAUGGGUGGCCAGUGGCUUGGUGGAAGACAAAUCAGAACUAACUGGGCAACCCGAAAGCCUCCCGCUCCAAAGAGUACAUAUGAGUCAAAUACCAAACAGCUAUCAUAUGAUGAGGUUGUAAAUCAGUCUAGUCCAAGCAACUGUACUGUAUACUGUGGAGGUGUUACUUCUGGGCUAACAGAACAACUAAUGCGUCAGACUUUUUCACCAUUUGGACAAAUAAUGGAAAUUCGAGUCUUUCCAGAUAAAGGAUAUUCAUUUGUUCGGUUCAAUUCCCAUGAAAGUGCAGCACAUGCAAUUGUUUCUGUUAAUGGUACUACCAUUGAAGGUCAUGUUGUGAAAUGCUAUUGGGGCAAAGAAACUCUUGAUAUGAUAAAUCCCGUGCAACAGCAGAAUCAAAUUGGAUAUCCCCAACCUUAUGGCCAGUGGGGCCAGUGGUAUGGAAAUGCACAACAAAUUGGCCAGUAUAUGCCUAAUGGUUGGCAAGUUCCUGCGUAUGGAAUGUAUGGCCAGGCAUGGAACCAGCAAGGAUUUAAUCAGACACAGUCUUCUGCACCAUGGAUGGGACCAAAUUAUGGAGUGCAACCACCUCAAGGGCAAAAUGGCAGCAUGUUGCCCAAUCAGCCUUCUGGGUAUCGAGUGGCAGGGUAUGAAACCCAGUGAAAAAGGACUCCAGAAUCUAAAGCCAGUGGCUUGAGGCUACAGGGAGUGUAGUAAAGCCGUUGUUUACUUAAAGAUUUAUCAAAUCAGUCAGUGCAAAUGUCAGAUACAAUGUAUUUAUUUAAAAGAUUCAUUUUUAAUCAUGAAAUUACUUAUCAUCCACAUUGUUUUAAAAAGAAACAAGAUGCUGGAUGUCUGCCAAUUUUUGCCUUCAUUACCUUUUUUGAUAAAGUUUCUCAGAUCCUUGUUUCAAACACAAAUGCAGGGAUUGCUGCCACUUUUUAACUAUUAAGAGGCAGAAAAUUGCACAAUAUUGAACUUUUUUCCACUGAAGUAGUGUGCAGUUCUAGUUUGCAUUCCUAAUAUGAUUUAAAACAUGUAAUAUAAAGAUGUUAAAAAAAAAACCAAAACUGUGCAGAGUCUAGAAGUUCUUUGUCAUCUUCAGCUUGUGCACAAUUCUGUUUUAGGUUAAAAAAAAAAAGGCAUUGUUUGAGCUGUCCCAUCUCCACUGUUAUCCUUUUGGGAUUUUUUAAUAUAAAUUAUUAGUUUACAUCAUUUUUGUAUCUACAUCUUUUUUCACAAAUUUGUCUUGCCUUAUUAAAGUUCUGUAAAAUAUACUUAAAUGGAAAAAAUGAUGUUCAUUUAGAUUGAAAACUUUUCUCAGAUGGAUUGAUAAUUGCAUUCAUCUUGUGUUUUAUAUGAGAAGGUGCCUCAAGAAUUUCCUGUUGGAUUUGUUUAAAAGGAUUUUUAUCUUUCGUGAUAAACUUUGCUGUGUACCAGGAACUAUAAAAACAAAAACUUGUUACUAAAGAAAAUAUCUGAAAUGUGAUAAGUUCUUAUGCCAUGUUAAUUUCAUGUGUUAACUUCAACAUUUACAUGUAUUAUUUCAUUAUGUAAAAUGUUUUAGCAAUUUAAUAUUUUGCACAGUUAGCAAACUUUGUAUGUCAUUUCCUUCAAGGCAUCAUGCAGAGUUGACAUGAGAUUUAUAAGGUUUUAAGUUGUUUGCAUGUGAAAAUCAAAUACAUACUUUGGUAGUCUUUGAAUACAAAGUCAUCUGCUCUUGUUUUUCAAGAAUUUUGAGACACAAAGUUGUAUGUAAAGGAAUAUAUUAAUUUGCCGUUUUCUAGGUAGAUUUGCUCAAAAAGAGUGAAUCAACUUAAUAUGUACAAAUGAUAGCUGUGAAACUGUAGAAUAUCUUUGUGUCAGGCUUGGAGUUCAUUGUGACCUCCAAAUUUUGCCUGAAGGACCAGCUGGGCAAAGCAUUUUUUAAAUGUUCAGAGGCCAAAAGAUAAACAAAAAAAAAACCUUAAAAUCCUACCUCUUUAAACAGCCUUCAAAUAAGAGAAUCCUCAGUGCAAUCAUUAUUUUGAUUCUUUUGGUACCUGUUUUCCUGGAGUUCCCGAUUUUAUUAUUUUGGGGUGGCUCCAAGCAUUAAGAGGUUUAAUCUUUGUUGGCAUUGUUCUAGUUUUGAAAUUUCUAGUAUAUUUCAGAGUCUCUUAGAAGACUUGUGUGGGAAGUUUCACUUUGUUUUCAGUGAAGGUCACAAACCUCCUUCUUCCUUGACUCAGAGAGGAAAGGUCCCAGUAUACAUAUUUGAAUGGUUGAUGGUUUUCAAGACCUUCAGAGAGCUCCCUGCAUUUUACCUAGAAACAGAAAAGGCCUGCAAAAUCUUAAGUUUCCUGGCCUGCAUUUCCCGGGUAGGGGCAAAUGACUCCAAGCUGGUCUCUGAGCCAAUACCCUUGUAAACCAGAGCCCAGGAAAGACAGCUCGAGUGUAUAAUUCUCUGGAGCUCAAUUCUAUGCAGUUGUGCUGAUAUUUCAUUAAGUCACUGUGUAUUUUUAAGUGUUGAUACAUUAAAAGUCGCUUUAUGGAAGAUGAGUAAAUUUUUUAAAUAUUUGGAAAUUUUAUUUCCUUGUUAACUUCUACAGAUCAGGGCAUGCAACCAAAAGCAGCUUAAAUGAAAUAUUUUAAAAAAAUAAAAUAUCAGGAAGCUAUUUUUAGAUUUCUUCUGGCUUAUGUUUCUACUUUAGGACCCUCAUUUUUCUCUUAUUAAAAAAAUUAUUUCCUGCACAUCUCAUGGACUGCAGGGUAAAUUAUUUGGGCAUAAAUAAUUUAAAUAGUUUUCUUUUAUUCUGACUAUCUCCAGUAAUAGCAGUUUUUAUUAUCCAGCAUAUUGGCUUAUUGCACAAAUCUUAAAAUGUACAUUGACUACUUUUUGAGAAGAAAGUGGUAUCAGUACUUAAGAUGAAAAGGUUACUACUGAACAAAUUCACAUUUCAGGAACACCUCUAUCUUUGGUUUAAGUCUUACUCUUAGUUUUUCAGUCUAAAAAUCAUACUGGUAUUAGUAUCAGGUAAGGAAAUUAAAGUUUUUAAAAUGGUUUCAUGCGCUGCAAUAUGCAAAAUUUAGAUUUUACUUUCUGGUACUGUAAAGAACCUGAAGUGAUUCACACUUAAUAGGUGAUUAAUCCAGUAUUCUUUACCCUGAAUGUUUGGAUAUUAAAGUUCCUUUAUGUUUUCUAUAACCUAUGGGAUCUUCUUGCAGUGAUUAUUGUGUGUGAGAUUUUUUUUCUUUUUGGUCUAUCCAUAUUGUUAUAUUCACUUGGGUAUUUGUUAUUUUUUUUUAAUGUUAUUCCAGAAUCAGUGGUUUACAUUGGGUUACUGUUUAACACCAAAUGGAAUUGGCAUUCUGCAGAUUUAAUUAAUUAUGAAACCAGGGUCUCAUUUUCCUUGCGGAUACUUGUUAAAAAUAAGAUUCACAUUCUAGUCUUUAUUUUCCUCCUGUUUUUCCCUGUGCGUGUACAUCUUCCUUUUAUUUGUGUGUUAUAGUUCUAUUCCAUUUGAGAAGGCAGUUGCUAAGAACUAGAUUGCAUGUACAAAGACAGGUUUACUAAGUGCUUACAGUGGUCCUGAGGUUACAGUUGAAUUAGAAAAACAAAAUGUACUUAUAGGAAAUAAGAAAGCAAACCUUUCAAAUGAGAGUGAUGAUUUCUUUAAAAAAAAAUCAGUUUUUUUCUCUCUUAAAUAAUGUUCUUUAUUUCACGAAAUCAUCAAUCUUAAGCAUGAGCAGGAUAAACAACUCCUAGAAGGAACUCAAUUCAUUCUUCCUGGAUUUUCACUGUGUUAUUAAAUCACAAAAAUGAUAGUCCCCAGUCGUUUCUUUAUAGGAGGUUAUUACAUUUUAUUACAGUCACUGCAUUUUGACUGUUGUGUUUAGAAUUUGAAUGUACAUCCAAAAUGAUGAGUUUCAAUUUAAGAGCCUUAAUAAAAUGUGUGAGUGUGUCUCAA